UUUCACCUUCCAUUUUCUACUUUCCCCUUUUCCUUUCUCUUCUUUMUAAUUAAUUUUAAUUAUUAUCAUUUUUCAGUUUGCAGCCCCAGAAACAGACUCCAUUCUCUAUUCAUUUUUCUUCUCUCUCCGAUUUCUCUUCUCCCUUUCCUUUUUCCAGAAAUUUCCGAGAAAUUUCAGUGUUUCUCUCUCUGUAUCGAUCGACCCAGAAGUUGGAGUUGCUUCUAAUUGCAUUUGGACAUGGCAGGAUGCAAGAUUUAUCUGAAGAAAAGGAAAGCGGAUUGGCUUAGUUCUCUUUUGCAAAGCAAAUUUUUUGGUUCUUGUGGUCAUCAUCAAAACAACCGGAAAAAUGAGAAGAACGUGUUCUGUUUAGACUGUGGCGUUGCCAUCUGCAGGCAUUGCCUGAUCUCUCAUUGCAUUCAUCGGCGCCUACAGAUCUGCAAGUACGUCUAUCAGUAUGUCGUCCGGGUGCACGACUUGCAGAACCACCUUGAUUGUUGCAACAUUCAGACAUAUAAGAUAAACGGGGAGAAGGCUGUUCAUCUGAGUCCCCGUCCACAGUCAAAAGAUUCGAAACCGUCGACAAAGUUGAAGUUUGGAGGUACUUGUGAAGCUUGCGGGAGAUACAUACAAGACUUGCCUAACCGCUUUUGCUCAAUCGCUUGCAAAGUGUCUAUGGCUCCAGUGGAACUCAAUGAUCAAAGCAGCAGAUUCAUGGCUUCGGAGCCGAAUCUUAAAGACCUUACAUGCAAGGAAAAUCACAACCCAGAAACAAACACAAGUGAAAUUGAAUCAUCUAUAUCAAUGGCUGAAUCAACUGAAGAGAUCAAAGCAUGGCGAACGAAGUCAUCCUUGAACGCAAAGAAGCUUCUGCACAAAAGGAAAGGCAUUCCGCACCGAUCACCUCUAAAGUAACGUAAACUUAUGACAAUCGAUACCUUUUUUUCCCUAUCCCACAUUUUUUCACAUAUCACAUUCCUAUMAGCACACAAGUAUAGAUAUAACAACAUAUAUUUCAACUCUUGCAUUGGCUGUUUAUUGGGUUGGUUGUGUUUUAGCCUCUUUUAUUUGUUUGUGCCAAUUUUUUUGGAGGUUGUACAGAGGAGGGAGAGAGUUGGCUGUGGAAACAAUAAUCUAAUAAUGAACCUUUUUUAUAUUUAAUUCUUUGCUUAAUCUAAAA